ACAAAACCUGUACAAUUCACCAUAUAGCAAGGGAAAAGAAAAAAUGUUUAGUGUUCUAAAAAUGUUAGAGAAAACAUUUAACGAGUUAUUUUACAUGCAUCCCAUUUCAUUUUCUUUCCCCUCUUUUAUCUUGUUUGUUUUCUUCCUUUACAAAUGGCUCUUUACAGACUCUUCAAAAAUUCAAAACUUACCGCCAUCACCACCAAAACUUCCGAUUCUAGGACAUCUGCCUAAGCUAGGUGAACUCCCUCACAGAACUCUGAAAUCUUGGUCUGAGCGAUAUGGUGAGCUUAUGUUGAUAUACUUGGGCGGAAAACCUACACUUGUAGUCUCGUCUGCAAAGGUAGCGAAAGAAAUCAUGAAAACACAUGAUGCUGUAAUAUCCAAUAGGGGUAAGUUUAGUAUAAAUGAUAAGCUGUUUUACAAUAGCAGGGAUGUUGCUGCUUCCUGUUAUGGAGAAUAUUGGAGGCAGAUGAAGAGUAUAUUUGUGCUUCAGCUUUUGAGCAGUAAAAGAGUUCGGUCUUUUAGGGGUAUAAGAGAGGAAGAAACAGCUUCUCUGAUGGAGAAGAUUCGGCAAAGUAAUGCAUCGGUUGUGAAUUUGAGCGCGAUGUUUAUGGUGUUGACGAAUGAUGUUGUAUGCAGGGUUGCAUUUGGAAGAAAAUACAGCACUGAAAAUCACCAGCAUGGUGAAGGUGGUGUUGAUUUUAAGGUGGUUUUGAAGGAGUUUGUGGAGUUGCUUGGCACUUUUAAUGUUGGAGAUUUUGUACCCUGGUUGGGAUGGGUGAAUAGAUUUAAUGGUUUGAAUGCGAAGGUGGAGAGAGUUUCAAAAAGCUUUGACUUGCUACUGGAAGAGAUACUUACAGAGCACUCUGAUCGACUAAAUCGAACAGGAUACGAUAAUGAUGAUGAGAAUGGAGGUAAGGAUUUUGUAGACGUUUUACUUCAGCUGCAGAAGGAAAAUUCCAUUGGUUUCCCUCUUGAAAGAGAGAGCAUCAAAGCUUUGGUAAUGGAUGCCUUUGCAGCAGGAACAGAUACGACUUACACGGUGCUAGAAUGGGCUAUGACAGAACUCUUAAUAAAACCUAGAAUCAUGGAAGAAGUUCAAAAAGAGGUAAGAGGAAUUGGUGGAGAGAAAGAUCACAUAACAGAAGAUGAUUUGGAGAAAAUGAAGUAUUUGAAAGCAGUGACGAAGGAGACUCUAAGAAUGUACCCACCAAUCCCGUUACUGGUGCCUCGAGAAUCAACGGAAGAUGUAAAGAUAAAUGGUUACGACGUUGCUGCUAGGACUCUUAUUUUUGUUAAUGCUUGGGCAGUUCAGAGAGACCCUGCUAUAUGGGAAGAGCCCGAGGAGUUUCGUCCUGAAAGGUUUAUGAACUCAACGAUAGAAUUAAAACGACAGGACUUUGAGCUGAUUCCAUUCGGGGGUGGCAGAAGGAUGUGCCCAGGGAUGUCAUUUGCGAUGGCUAAUAACGAGCUUGUGUUAGCAAAUCUUGUGCAUAAGUUCGAUUGGGCGUUACCUGUUGGAGUCAAUGCUGAAACGUUGGACAUGUCUGAAUGUACUGGUCUUACUAUACACAGAAAAACUCCUCUUCUUGCUGUUGCCACUCCACAUGUUUACUAGAAAAGAUAGGGAGUUCAUUAUUGAUCUGCAAGUUGUGCAACAGUAUAAGUCACAGUUCAAUAAAGUUCUAUAGUAUAGUGUAUAUGUUUAGUAUUUCUGAAGGUGUAAUACUGUAAUGUAAUGACAAGCAAAUGCUGCAAGUUGAAACAACUUAAGGAAUUUAAGUAUCAAUGCAUCUUUAGUUAAGUAUGUCAUUGUUGUUUUGUCCUGUAAUUUUUAUUAGUUCUGUACUUGUUACUCCGUAUCAUUGUAGAGGUAUUAAUGAAGCAAAAGCGAAGUUAAUGAAA